UGGGGAUUAAGUUAUGAAUACCUCCGAAGUGAUGACUGAAAAAUAAGCGCAAAGCUGCACCGAAGAAUGCAAAUAGUCUGAAAGACCGCAAAAGACACCUCUCUUCGAUGGUAUGGAAAAGGACCGGGAAAGGAUCUAGUGCUUGCCAAGCAGAUCUUUGGCCAAAAGUACCGCCUGAGAAGCCGUUUAUUGCCCCUAAAUAAUACAGAUAUCAAAAUUUACCCAGUCAUUUUGAGGAUCUUUGACUACUUCGAUUUAGAAGACCUAGAAAUCCUAUCACACGUUUGUAAGCUGUUCUGUAACGUCGCCACAAUGGACUGUUUCUAUGAGAAAUUUGAGGUCAUGCUCGAUAAGACAUCAGAAGACCAAUCCGAAAGUGACUUCACUUAUCAUAUAUGUGAAGAAGAGAAAAUACAGUUUAAAAAUGGGAAAAUACGUAGCGAACGAAAAACUAGUAUUAAAGUUAUCGAAGAGCUUGAUGCUAUCAAUCCUGCAAUUAAUGCCAGACCUCCUACAAAGCCACGGGUUAGUAUCAUUAGUGGAGCUGUAUUCCAUGGAAUCCCUGAAGAAGAAAGUGAAUGGGGACAAGAACAAUCUGAAGCUGAAGAGGAAUCUACAAGUCGCCCCAAUAUUCAAGAAAUUCUUAACGAGUUCGUGCAGGGUGCAGAAAUACGAACGUUUAAACAAAGGCAAAAUAAUCGUCCUAGUGAUUUUAAAAGGAAAGACAGUCUGAAUUCGAAAAGAGUAUUUAAACAGUCUAGCGACAGGCUUAACCAUACUCAUGUUUUCUCUGAAGCAAUGGGGGAUGCUUAUACCGACUCACAGCACGUCAACGAUGCAAUGAUAACCUUUAACUCGAGAGAAUUAGCGGGUUCACCUUAUAACAUCAAUAAAGUGAGAGUCAAACAGAAUAAUAAAGAUGGCAGCGUGUAUCAGUUUCAAAAGAAAGAAUCAAAUAUCUCAACGACUACAGAUAAUAAUCUGAGAAAUACUGACCGAGAAGGAUCAAUUCUGAGUCUGAAUAACCCAUCAAGUUAUGCUUCUAGCAACAGGGUCUCUAAAGUGAUGAGGAAGAGGAACACUCAUUUCAUCAGGCCAGAUUUGAUCAACAGACUAUCAAAACUUGGAUCGAAACAGAGUGCGAAUAGUUACAGAAAGAACUCGACUCUUCAGAGUAUCCAAGAGCACCCCAAUGAGCAUAAAAAUGGGGAUAAUAAUGAAGAUUCAGGGAAUAAAAUUAUUAAGAACAUUCAGAAGCAAAAGCGAUAUUCAUUUUACCCAAUGGAUCAUAAUAAAUUGGGUCAGUUCAACCCUCUCCACUUGCUACAGAUGUUCCAGAAGCAGAGAAAGUAAUUCUUUCUAAUUUUAAUUAUUUUCCAUAAGCUGUAACUUGA